ACUCACUCUCACACACACACCCUAACUCCGGCUUGUGCUGCUCCUUGUUAUUGCAGGCACACUCUAAACCGGUGUGAGCAGGGUCGGGCGGAAGUGUCGUGCCGAGCCACUCCUUACCCCUGGUGCGGCGACGUCAGUGUGAUCCGAGCGUUUGCGAUCUGAAAGUUUCUUGUAAUGGCACAAAAGAACAAGAUAAGCUCUGCUGUGGAGGUUUCAAACAAGAAGUUAUUAAAAUCAAAACACAAGACAAAGGCACAAGGAACUAAAAAGGAGACUAGGAGUGAAGCGAAAGUGACAACAAAAAAUACUAACAAUUUGGAAUUUCAGACUACUGAACCUCCUGAAAAGGACUUGGAACCAAGAAUUCAAAAGAUAAAGAUCACUUUGGGAGAUGAGAAGGAUAAACAAUACAAAAGUAACUUUGUUCCCAAGGACAGCCAAGAGGAAUCUUUCAGUGAUGCUUCAUCUUCAGCAUCAGAAGAUAAACUCAACGGAGAGGAUGAUGGACAACUGGCAAUUCGAAAGCCGAGAUACUGGUUAGAGAUGAAGGGAAUGGAGGCUUAUGUGGAAAAUUGCAAGCAGAAAGGGAAAGAGAGCAAAGCCGUGCAGAAAAAAAGAAAGAUGAGAAGUGCUGACAGUGAUGAUGAUGACAACGAUAAAUCUUCUCGCAAAGGAAGAAAGCUAACAGUAACAAGUACAUUUUCUAAAAAACAAAAGUCCUUUAAAGUCAAUGCCAAAGUACAGAGUCAAAAAUCUGGAAAUCGUUCUCGGUAUGUGAGAAAGGAACCUCCUUCGUAUCCAGCAGGAAGUCAGGAGGAACACUGGUAUCUGGAAAUUCUGGAAAAGGGAAAGAUUGCGUGCCCUACGUGUAAGGCUGUUAUGAGGAAGACGGUGGAAGGGCUGAAAAAACACAUGGCCAAUUGCAAAGAGGAACCAUUUGUAUGCCAACACUGUGGAAAACAGUUGAAGUCUUUAGCUGGGCUCAAGUACCAUUUAAUGGCAGACCAUAACAAUAUGCCAAUUUUGAAAGAUGGAGAUGUGGUUGAUGAGCAAACUGAUAGAGAAAGACUUCGAAAGGUUUUGAGGAGAAUGGGGAGAUUGAAGUGUCUCCGUGAGGACUGUUCUGCCAGCUUUACUAGUAUAAUGGGUUAUCUCUAUCAUCUGAAGAAGUGUGGCAAGGAAGAAUCUGAAUUAGUGAAACAAUUAUUUAAAUGCCAACACUGUGGAAAGCUGUACAAGUCGAAGGCAGGCCUGGAUUAUCACUUGAAAUCAGAACAUGCACCGUCUCCAGAAACUACAGAUGAUGAGGCUGCUGAAAAAGAGAGUGAACCAGAAGUGGAAAGAACAUCCAGUGGAAGAGUGCAAAGGAGCUCUGCCAAGUUAGCUGCAUACCACCUGCAUGAAAUAGUGGCAGACGAACUUGCUCGGGAGUCACCUCGGAGGAAAAUCCAACGUGACCUGGUACCAGAUGAUGAUAAGUUAAAGUAUACAAGGCCUGGCUUGCCUACAUUCAGUCACGAAGUGCUUUGCAAGUGGAAGAAUGAAAUGAAAACCUAUAAGAGAGUGCAAUGCCCGAACAAGGAUUGUGCUUCUAAUUAUACCAGCGUAUCAGGAUUGAAGGCUCAUCUUGGUUCUUGUACAAGGGGGGAGUAUGUGGCUGGAAAGUACAAGUGCUUGAUAUGUGAAAAGGAAUUCAGCUCUGAGAGUGGAGUAAAGUAUCAUAUUAACAAUGUACACUUUGAGGACUGGUUUCUUCCUACUUCCAAAGCGGCUAAAGAAUUCAAACCCUUGGUGAAAGUAACCAAAAAAGAACCUACAACAUCAAACAAGAAAAAAUCAUCUGCAAAAGUUGGCAAGAGUGGCCAAAUAGUAUCAGUGAAUGAGGUUUCUUUCCUUAAAAAGGUCUGUGAGCCUUCAAAAGAAUGUGAUCAGUACAGGUUCACUGAUAGUGAGGAAGACGACGAACAAGAAAAUGUGGGGAGCUGGCGCCUUAAAAGGCCAAGUGCAAAAGCUGAAUUAAAGACCGAUCUUUCCAGGAAAUAAGUGAAACUGGAAAUUAAGAUACUGAACAGUUUGUGUGGCUUUACAGUAAGAAAAGAAACAAGUGAUGGGCAUUGAUUAAAACAUUGUAACAGUUCUUUAGAUAUAAUUUGAUGCAUUUUGUCUACAAGAUCUUUUUUAAUUUAUAAAUUAUGCCCUUGUUCCCAUUUAUUAUUGGAUAUAAGCAAUUAGAUUGUACCAGAUCAGUUCUUUUUUGGGUACAAGAUUGGAAAAGAGAAAAGAAAAUACUUCCAAGGUGUAAAUGUAGAUUUAGUAAAUAAUGUUGAUGUGGCUUUAUGUAAAGUAGAUUUCCUCCUCAUAUGUUCUUAAUAGUUGUAGUUUAAUUUCCACGUGACUUGAAUAUAGUGCUAUUUUUUUGAAGGGAAGAAAAUUAUCUCAAAAUCAUCUUCACCUUUGUAUAAUUAUGAACAAUGUCUGUUGGUUUAAAAAAAAAUCACAGUGGGUUAUGUGUUCUGCAUUUGUCCACUAAUAGCUUAGAAGGAGCUAAUUGUCACUGGUGCUGUGUAUUAGCAUUGAUGGGGUUACUUUAUAAAUGUUUCAGACUGCUGCUUUGUGCAAGGGGAGAAUUCAGGCUAGAUACUCCAGUUUGUCGGAACACCACUUAUUUAGACAGAGAUAGGGUUUGGGGGGAUUGAUAUAAGUAUAAUAGGGGAGAAAUUUGUGUUUAUUCGUUAGCGCUAAGCAUGUGCAAGGGCAGCAGUCCUCCCCACAUAUGGUUCCAAAUGUCAAGUGAAUGUUGAGGUGAGUAGAACCAAUGCUUUCAAAUGCGUUUAACGCUACCGACCAAAGCCAGAUUUCUUAUCAACAUCUCUAUUUAAUAAAAAUGCAUUUUUCUGGUAAAUUUUAAAUUUUAGAAAUGUCUUCUUGUAGUAGCUAGUUACUAAAUUGUGCUCAUUAUGCUGCCUUAAGUCUUCAGGGCUUAUGAUUUUAAAAAAAAAGUAUCUGUAAGAUCAAAGUGUUUUUUCUUUGACAUAUUUUCUUACAAGGAGAAAUUGCAGAUUUUAAGUAGUUUUGUUGGGUCACUGGUAACGUUCCAAAAAAAAGCAAGAAAAUAUUGCAACUUAGUUUGAAAGAAGUAACACACACACACUAUACUAAAUACACUAAUUUGGCCUGCUUUAUCCAGUUGUUAUUUAUGAGGGUAUGUAAUUGCCAGUAGUACAAUAUCCAUUUUAUUCCACUUGACGUGUAUACCUCAAACCUCCUGAAUAAUGAAGAAUAAAACUUGUUAUUUCACUGUCCUCUGCUGUUUUUAAGAAUAAGUAGAUUUAAGAUGCAUCCUUUUUUUUAAAAAAAUACUAAAGUUUCAAUUUAAUGUGUUUGAUAUCGAAACAAUUAAUGGUAGUUUGAGCUGCAUUGUGUCCUGAGGAAUCUACUGUGGCAUACAGUUAGUUGGACCACAAAGAAUAUGCUCUUUGACAUGUGAUGGCAUUCAUUAUUUGCAAUGUGAAAUUUAUCACAUCACAUGAUAAAGCAGGCAUUUCUAGUAAAAGUCCAUUUACCAGAUUCUCACUUUUUGUGUUAGCUUUGGCAAUGCCAAGAAAAAUUAAAAUUAAACAAUGUUGUUAAGUUCACAUUAAAAAUGGGUCUUUAACAUAACCUGCACUCCCAGUGCCAAAAUAAAUAUAGCUCAUUGCCGUGAUAUUUCCUUAUUGACUUCAAUGGCUGUCUAUUUUUUUUCAUCAAGAAGGGACGUCAUUAAAGUUUAUCAACCUACUUCCUAUGUCCAUUUUUCUAUUGCUUUCUAAUAAUGCAGGUUUUUUUUUAAAAAAAGUUUUGAGAGAAGAGCUGACGACGCCAUAUUUUUCUGAGUUGUUGGCAGAGAUGAUGCUAUCUGUUCUUAAGGCAAAGAUUCAUUUUAUGGUGCUGAAUUAGAUUGAAUUUCUUGUGGUUGUUUACAUGACCCUCAUACCAAAAGCAAAAUUUGAUUACAAGCAUUAAAAUUAGUUUUAUAGUUUUUGUAUUAUGAUUAACAUUAUAGUUUUCAGUGUUGGUACCAUAAUAAACAGAGGUAUGAUAUCUACCUAUUGAAGUGCAUAUUUAAGGCCUCCAAUCUUAAUUUCUUCCCUAUCUUUGAAGAUGCUGAGACAAUAAUUUACUGUUAUAUAUAAACUUUUUAACAUAAUAAAACAUCCCAAAGCAUUUUAUAGGAGCAUUAUACAGCGAUGUUUGACACCAUACUACACAAGGACAUAGAGCACAGAAAGAGACGCUCUAGCCCAUUGUAUCCAUGCCAACAAUCAAACACCUCUCCUUCCCCCUGAUUCUCUGCCACCCACCUACACUAAGGGCAUUUACAGUAACCAAUUAACCUACCAACCAGCACGUGGGGGAAACCCACGUGAUCACAGGCCAUGCAAACUCCAUGCAGUUUAGCAUUCAAGGUCAGGAUCCUGCUUGGGCUGCUGGACCUGUGAGGUAGCAUUUGGACAAGCAUUCAAAAGCUAAGUAGUAGGUUUUAAGGAGCAUCUUGAAAAGGUAAGGAUAAAGUUUGAGAGACUUGGUUUUGGUGAGAAGAGAGAGUUCCAAACUCAUGGUCUAACUUCAGCAAGGCAAGGCUACCAAUGGUGGCAUAUAGGAAAUUGGGUGCAGAUUUGUGCACAAAAUGAAAACAAUACACAUCUGAAAUAAAAACAAGAAAAUGUUUUAAGAGAAAUUGUUAAUAAUUUUGGUCAAUGAUCCUUCAUUAGAUCUGUGGAUUGUUCCCAGCAUUAUCUGUUUUUAUUUCAGUUUUGUGUACCCUGUUAUAUUGUUCAAUUGAAUUUUUAUGAGCUUGGGCCAUUGGUCCAGUAAGAAUGCAGGGAAGAUGGACCCAGUAUCACCUUAAUUGAUUUUAAAUUCUCAUUUUAUAUCAUUGGAUAGUAAUCAGGAGAGCAGUGUCCCUUUUUGAUUGCCCUUUCUUAACCUAGAAGCUAUAUGGCCUUUAGUGGUAGCAGUGCUCAAGUAAUUCAGCACAGACUAAGAUAAGCAUCUCUUUUUAAAAGAUAGUGGUAUUCAACAAUUUGGUACUAUUAGUUCUCCAAACUAUGUAAAAAUAAUAAAACAAAAAAAUCUAUGUGGCUGACGGGACAAAUGCAAAUUACAGCAAAUCAAUUAUUUUUAGACAUGUUCACUCAGCAAUAUGACCCUUUGAAAUUCUCAACCCAAGGCAUUAACUAAUUAAUAAGUCUCGGUCUUGAAUGUACUCAAUUUUUGGAAACCAGGUAAAUCAAGAGUUUUAUGGACUUAGAAUGGGGAAAUCCUGUUCAGGUAGAAGAUCGGCCAUGGUUUUAUUGAACUGCCUAAUUCCAUUGAUUAUCUUAUGGUUGUAUCUCAUCCUUUGUAAGUUACUGAGAGUAAAUGAAUAGUUACUUCUACAGAAUUUUGUCAUGUGCCUUUAACUGAAUGCUACCUUGGAACGGGUAUGAUAUUUCAUUGUUCCUGAAACCUGUCUUUUAUUUUGGUGAAGGCAAUUAACAGAAAGUUAAAUUAGUUAUGAAUUGGUGCUUUUUACCUUAAAAAAAAAGAGCCACAUUAAAAGCUCUUCCUGCCUAUUUUGUUUUGAAUUUAAGAUUUUAAUCUCAGUUACUGUCUUUUGUUCUUUAAUGUUUAAAGUGCCAUACUGCAAUCUUAAAUGAUAUUUAAAGUAAUAACCGUAUCUUCCACCCCAAAAGUUUGCUUCCAUGAGUUUAUUAUGUAUAUAUAAUCUUGUGUUUAUAUAAGUGUAGGUAUUACAAUUUUAAUAAAAUAUCUUGAUUUUCAUUUGUUUGCUGAAAAUGACAGAAACUUUCCAUUUUUAUUUUGGUGAUACUGUUCUUGAUCAUCUAAGUGACAGGGACAGUUCCAUUUAAGCAAUAUGAUUAUGAAAAUGUCUAUUUUGGUGCAUGUGGCAUUCAAGGUGCCUAAGACAGAAAGCUUGGGUGUAACUACUUGCAUGCAGUUGCUAAUAUGUUUAUACAUUUACUUCCGGGCCCAGGAUUCAUUCUCCUAUUGCCUCAAUCUACUAUUACCACACUACUUUAACCCACCAAAUAUUUUCUAUACAUUUUGCAAAGAUUAUCUCAUACUCUGUGGAACUACGUUCACAUCUGUGUACGCUCUUAAUUAAAAUCUUAACUGUAACCACAAAAUGUGGAAGUGAGUUUGUUUCAAAGUCAAGUAAACCUUUGAUUUUGUAUGGGGGAAGGAGAGACAGGAGCAGAUAGUCAAUGGAAAAACUUGUACUGAAUGAGACAAUGUAAGGUACUCAAAAUAUGAUCAGCAUAGCAGAACUA